UUACAUUUGUAAACCAAUUGUCUGUGGUCUGUGCGUCAAUAAUAACAACGUUGUAGGUUAGAAAGUUAAUGAAAUCUGUGAAACAUAAAUAGUUACUAAAACUAAACAAAAUGCCAGAAAUAGAAGCAAAAAGAAAAGCGGAUGAUUUAUCCCUAGUUCCCGCAAAACGAACCCGUCAUGAGAUAUCUGUUGUUGGUACUAGAGAGAAGGCUGUGGUGACUUCGUCGGUGCCCAGAACAUCGAAUCUUUAUGCACCUAUAAUGUUAUUAGAAGGACAUCAGGGUGAAAUAUUUGCAUCUAAAUUUCACCCUGAAGGUAAACAUUUGGCUUCGGCUGGCUUUGAUAGGCAAAUAUUUCUAUGGAAUGUGUAUGGACAGUGUGAAAAUGUAAUGGUGAUGAAAGGCCACACUGGCGCUGUCAUGGAGCUGUGCUUUUCUCCUGAUGGCUCCCACCUGUACUCCUGUGCCACAGACAACACGGUGGCUGUAUGGGAUGUACCUACAGGCACAAGAAUCAAGAAACUUAAAGGACAUGCUAGUUUUGUUAACUCUUGCUCAGGUGCGAGAAGAGGUCCAGAGCUCCUAGUAUCAGCUUCAGAUGAUAACACAAUAAAGCUAUGGGAUGCAAGAAAGCGUAACCCCAUAGCGUCAUUUGAUAGCGGGUACCCCGUGACAUCAGUCCUGUUUAAUGACACGGCUGAGAAAAUAAUAUCAGGAGGCAUAGACAAUGUAGUCAAGGUUUGGGACAUCAGAAACAAUCAGCUAUCAUACAAGAUUAAGGGCCACACUGAUACUAUCACAGGCAUGGCCCUCUCGUACGACGGCUCGUACCUGCUGUCGAACUCGAUGGACAACUCGCUUCGGAUAUGGGACGUGCGGCCCUUCGCGCCGUCCGAGCGCUGCGUCAAGCUCAUGUCGGGACACCAGCACAACUUCGAGAAGAACCUGCUGCGCUGCGCCUGGUCACACGACGGAUCUAAGGUGGCGGCGGGUUCUGCGGACCGCUACCUGUACAUCUGGGACACGACGUCGCGGCGCGUGCUGUACAAGCUGCCGGGACACAACGGCUCCGUCAACGACGUCGACUUCCAUCGUAACGAGCCCAUCGUGCUCUCUGCCUCCAGCGACAAGCAACUGUACCUCGGCGAAAUCGAUCAUUAAACGUGAAAAUAUUGAUGCAACUUUGACGGAUUUGAUAUACAGCAAUAUAUUUAACAGUCCGUUGUUUUGAAAGUAUCAUUUAUAACCUACUUCUACAAUAAUAGCAACAAUUGUUAGAGUAACAUAUUUCGCAUUUCCCAGAAUACUGUCAAACUGUUACAGGUGUUCAAAAUUGUAAUCUUACUGUUAUAGUGGAAUGGAGUAAAAACAUUAUACAAGUGAUUGACUAUUGUAUCUUAGGUUUUUUACAAUUAAUACAUAGAAUAUAUUUUAAGGUAAAUAAAACUACAUUCUGUAAAA